AAGCAACGGGGCGCCGCCCCCCACCCGCCUUUACAGGCACCCAGCGGCAGGGGCACCGCGGUCUCUUGCUAGGUCCACGACUUAAUGAUGAUUUGUAUAAGUCGCUGUUGUGUUUGGUUUAUUUUCCUUACCGCAGGAGGUUACCGGUUUAGUGCUUGAUGGAUAUAAAUCGAAUCCAUUUCUGUCGCUUACUCGCUAAAGAGCUUGAGGACGAUCACUUCACAAUCUUAUUUCUCCCUCUUAUCGCAGACGCUCGUGCCCUGAUAUUUUCCCGUUCACUGUUCGUGCACGCUCAGAUCUAGUUUUUGCUGUGUGUAAUUUUCUCUCAGUGCAGUGUCCGACCUGUAUAACAUGUGCCAGCUGAGGUUUCUCUGCCACUAAACAGAGCAGAACUCUUGUUUCUUGUGUCCCAGUUACUCGUAGUGCCAAACGAUCUCUCUUUUCUCCCGCUCCUGGCUGCAUUCUCCAAUUUAACUGUGAUCCACUGUAACCUUCAGGGAUUUUUCCCCGUGUUUUUGCUGUUUGUUUUCCCCCAGAUAUUUGAAUUUAUUUUCUUGGUUGUCACUGUAAUAAUUUGCAGCCAUCUCUAUGGGAUUACAGAAUUUCAGACCAUUUCUCAGAUCGUCAAAAUCGCGUUGAGCUCUGUUUACCAAACUGCAGUUUCUCCCAGCUUAGUGUAAGCCUGGAUUCUGAAAGUGCACUUCUCUGUUUCAUUGCCAGCAUGGCAAUGAAAUAAAACAUGACAUAAAACCAGGUGGGUGACAGAACAUUUUGGAACCUCACUUGAAAUUGACUUACAGCUUGCAAGAGAAUUAUUCCUAGUUACUUCUGCAUGUGGCAAUUGUAACUGUGCUUUAAUGUAGGUCGCAGUUCCCUACUUCACUUGCCAGAACAUGGGGUGUCUUAGAUUGGAGGUCCUAUCAAAGCCAAGCGUGUCACAUCAGUGGCUUCUCCCUUACUUACUUAGCCCAGUUACCAUAUCUGAAAGGGAAAACGGUCACGACAGGAUUUUUUUCUUGUCACAUUAACGUUAUCAACUUUGUAUAACGUUUUGUCUUCAGUGACUCUCACUGAUUUUCUAAUAACUCAUUCUGUUAUCUUCCAAAGCCUGCAGUUGAGUGAGCUGUCCCAGCCUUGAUCUCCUCUAGUCCCUGAGGCCGUUCUCUACAGCUGCUCAACAGUACGAGUGGGUUGAGGUUUCUGUGGCUGCUGUCCUUAGCGCAUCAGAGACCAUUUAAUGUGCUGAUGCGAGUAUGUCUAACUUCUUUAAACUCUUCUUUCUUUCCUUGUUUUUUAGUUCUGUGCUCUGGCUUAAACCAGCUAAAUUACCUCUCCAGUUGUAACCCGUUUAUUUGCUUCUGUGAGUGCUGCAGUAAGAAGAAACUCUGUAUUUCACUUUCCUUCUUCAGUUUCAUCCUAGAAGUGGGAUACUGUAGUGAAAAUGCUAAGUCACAGCUUGAAGUAGUGAUUGAACACCUGGAAGGAAGGCAGGGCCAACUCAGGGGAGCUCAGGUGCAAGCAGUGCUCCUGAUUGACCAGAGGGGGUGGAGCAGUAUCCACUCUUUCCCAGACCUCAUAUAAGGGUUGGCAGUGGAGGUAAGGAUAUCCUUCUGGAGGUUCCUGUAUUUGUGAGGCCUUAUAAAGCUCUUCCUGAAAAAGAUGCAAAACCUUCCCUUGAGAACAGCUUUCUUAAUAGUUGUGAAGACUUGCUUUUGUGGCCCAGAAACCAAGGCUGAAUUUCACUGCAGAUGACCACCCUGAUUUUUUUCCUGUGCAGAAGUCAAGAUGACAGAUAUGCUUUCACUGCUGAAUGGUAUGACCCAAAUGCUUCACUCUUUCGGCGUUAUGAGCUUCUGUAUUAUCCAAAAGAUGGAUCAGUUGAAAUGUAUGAUGUGAAGAACCAUCGUACCUUUUUAAAGCGCACCAAGUAUGAGAGCUUACACCUUGAGGAUCUGUUUGUGGGCAACAAAAUUACUGUGUUUUCUCGUCAUCUUUCCUUAGUGGACUAUGGAGAUCAAUAUACAGCACGCAAGCUAGGAAGCCGCAAAGAAAGAACAUUGGCUUUGAUUAAACCUGAUGCAACACCAAAGAUUGGAGAACUAGUAGAUAUCAUUAUUAAUGCAGGAUUUACAAUAACUAAGGCCAAAAUGAUGGUGCUUUCAAGAAAAGAAGCAGCUGAUUUCUACAUAGACCAUCAAUCAAAACCUUUUUAUAAUGAGCUUCUCCAGUUUAUAACAAGUGGUCCUGUUGUUGCUAUGGAAAUCUUACGGGAUGAUGCAGUUUGUAAAUGGAAAACAUUACUGGGGCCUGCAAAUUCUGCAGUGGCUCGUACUGAUGAACCAGACAGCAUUAGAGCAAACUUUGGACAUGAUGGCAUAAGAAAUGCAGCUCAUGGCCCAGAUUCAGUUGCCUCAGCUGCUCGAGAGCUGGAGUUGUUCUUUCCCUCCAGUGGAGGCCAUGGACCAGCCAACAGUGCGAAAUUCACAAACUCUACGUGUUGCAUUAUUAAGCCUCAUGCAGUUAAUGAAGGACUAGCUGGAAAGAUUAUAAAAGCCAUCAUCAAUGAAGGAUUUCAGAUCUCGGCUUUGCAGAUGUUCAACAUGGAGCGUGCAAAUGUGGAAGAGUUUUAUGAGAUUUACAAAGGUGUUGUUGCUGAAUAUAUGGAGAUGGUUACAGAGUUGUGCUCGGGCCCUUGCAUAGCAAUGGAGAUUAUACAGCCUGAACUUCCAAAAGUGUUCAGAGACUUUUGUGGUCCUUCUGACCCUGAGAUAGCCCGUUAUCUCCGACCUGGAACUCUGCGUGCUGUCUUUGGGAAGAACAAGAUUCAGAAUGCUGUCCACUGCACAGAUCUACCAGAAGAUGGACUUCUGGAGGUGCAGUACUUCUUCAAGAUUCUGGACAACUGAGAGCUCCCACCCUCAAAGCAGAAGGCACGGGCACAGAGCAGUGUUCAUUCAUUUAUUUGUCCAAUAUGUCAACCUGACUGAAAUACAAGAUCAACAAGAGCACUGUACUCCUGGCAAGUAUUACAUGUUAGAACAUAGAGUUUUGCACUUUAGACAACAUUUAACACCAUUCUAUGGGGUACUGCAUUGCUUUUAUAAAGUUUAAAAUAAAGAUUUAUUUUCAAACAUGUGACUUUGGUUUAUUUCAUACAUUACACUUCCUUGCAGAAAAAAUAAAAUUGUACAACUGCAUAAAUAUAAAAUUCAUCCACCAUGAAAAUGGUUAAAACAUUCAAUAAAGACAUUAGCACCACAGUGUGCGAUGCCUCCAGAAGGAAAAAAAAAAGAAAAGAAAAAAGAAAA